UAACGAUGUGCAAAUGCUAACGUUAAGUGUUGGCUAGCUAUAUAUAGCUACUUUAUGUUUCUUACAGUAGCAAUGCCGCGUUUCAAUAUAGUAGUAGAUAAAUAAGGCACGUUUUAGUAAUGUCGACGAAGCCAUAAUUAAUUGAAGCUUUAGUUAGCUGCUGAUAACCACAACAACAGCAUUAGCUUGCUAGACAGACGUAAAAUGUUAGCUAGCUGCCUGCGCUAGCCUACUGUCAGUUAAAGUGGCUAACGUUAGCCAGACUGCUGUUGAGCCUGUCGAUGUUGCUGUGUCAGCAUUUACGCUAUCUACGGAGCACUCCAGAAAUCAAGGUGACAACCAUCCGCCUGGUGAGCAGACACUGCCCUUAACCUGAGUGAGUCAUGGCCCAAUACGGGGGACAGAAGAAUCCGCCGUGGGCGACUCAAUUUGCCACCACAGCGGUGUCACAACCGGGCCACUCGGGACAGUCUCUUGACCUCAACAGCCUGCACUCUCUUGGUGUGCAACAGCCAUCUCUUCUGGGAGCAUCUCCCUCUGUUUACUCUCAGCAGUCAGCCUUGGCUGCAGUCUCUCUCAGCAACCAGUCUGCUGCAAACUAUCAGCUGUCUCAGCAAACUGCGGCCUUGCAGCAGCAAGCUGCAGCAGCUGCCGCAGCUGCACUACAGCAGUCUCAGAUUAAUUCAGCCCUCCAGCAGUAUCAGCAACAGCAGCAGCAGCAACAACAGCAGCAACAACAGCAACAACAGCAACAGCAGCAACCUCCCCAGCAACCCCCUCAACAGCAACUGUACAAUGUACCUCAUCAGCUUCCACAGCCUCAACAGGCGCUGAUUUCUCAGCCCCCCGUCGCUUUGCCCACCAGCCUAAGCCUGUCCAACCCGCAGCAGACAGCCCAGAUUACUGUUUCCUACCCAACCCCACGUUCAAGCCACCAACAGCAGACGCAGCCACAGAAGCAGCGAGUCUUCACUGGUGUUGUCAACAAGCUACAUGACACAUUUGGCUUUGUAGAUGAAGAUGUCUUCUUUCAGCUAAGUGCUGUGAAGGGGAAGACUCCUCAGGUGGGUGACCGGGUCCUAGUGGAAGCUGUGUACAACCCAAACAUGCCCUUCAAGUGGAACGCCCAGCGCAUCCAGACCUUACCUCAGCUAGCAAACCAGUCGCAUCAGCAGCAGCCUCAGCCUUUACCUCAAGCUUCCCCACAGCUCGGCAGCCUUUACAAUGAACCAGGGAUGCAGCUGCGCUACUCAGACAUGCACUCCACUGCGGACAACAGACAAAAUAGCCAGCCUCAAGCUCCUAACAUGAUGAAGGCAGCCCCCACCAUGCUGCAGUCGCUACCUCCCCCAAACACGUUCAAUGUUCCGGCCCAGGCUCCCCCUCCUUCCCUCCUGCAGGCCCAGUUGUCUGCUGCCUCUCUGGCCCCUCUCCUCCAAAACCCUCCUCAGCCUCUGCUGCCACAGCCUCCUCCAAAAGAUGUGUUUUCCGGGGGUCUGCUUCAGCCCCCAGUGAGAAUGAUGCCACAGCCGCAGCCUGUCCGACGAAUUGAGCCUCCUCCUCGUUUCCCCAGUCGCAAUGAUCGAGGCCCUGAGCUCAUCCUCAGGACUAAAGAGGAACGCAGUGUUUUUACUCCAUUCUUUAGUCGAGACAGAGACCGUGAGCGCAGACGGUCAAGAGAACGCUCGCCUGCACGCAAACGUUCCAGAGACCGCUCUCCCAGACGUGACCGCUCACCUCGACGGCCUCGCCGGGUGGUUCCUCGCUACACCGUCCAGUUUUCCAAGUUCAGCUUAGAUGGCUCCAGCUGUGACAUGAUGGAACUGAGAAGGCGCUAUCAGAGCCUCUACAUUCCCAGUGACUUCUUUGAUGCUGUCUUCACCUGGGUGGAUGCCUUCCCCCUGACAAGACCCUUCCAGUUUAAUAAUGCCUGCAACUUCCACAUCUUGCACAAAGAGGUGGAUCCUCCUGUCAAGAAUACGGCUGUGCUGGACCCUCCUGAUGCCAACCACACCUACAGUGCUAAGGUGAUGCUACUGGCUAACCCCAGUAUAGAGGAGCUCUAUCACAAGUCCUGUGCUCUGGCAGAGGAUGCCCAGGAAGUCAAAGACUCCUUCCAACAUCCUGCUAGACUCAUCAAGUUUUUGGUGGGAAUGAGAGGUAAAGAUGAGGCCAUGGCCAUUGGUGGUCACUGGUCUCCCUCUCUGGAUGGAGCUGACCCAGAGAGGGAUCCCUCAGUCCUUAUAAAGACAGCCAUACGCUGUUGCAAGGCACUCACAGGCAUAGACCUUAGUCUGUGCACUCAGUGGUAUCGUUUUGCAGAGAUUCGCUAUCAUCGGCCGGAGGAGACACACAAGGGGCGGACAGUCCCUGCUCAUGUGGAGACAGUGGUUUUGUUUCUUCCGGAUGUUUGGCAUUGUCUUCCUACCCGCUCAGAGUGGGAGGUGCUGUCACGGCGACUCCGGGAGCAGCUGGCUGAGAAGCUGUCGGCCGAGCGAAAGGAGGCGGAUGGAGAACAGGAGGAAGAGGAGAAGGAUGACGAUGAAUUGAAGGACGUUAGUACUCCCACUCACUGGGCUAAACUUGACCCGAAAUCAAUGAAGGUAAAUGACCUGCGCAAGGAGCUUGAUUGUCGCUCUCUAAGCUCUAAGGGGUUAAAGUCGCAGCUGAUCGCUCGCCUCACCAAGCAGCUGAAAGUGGAGGAGCAGGUGGAGGAGUCCAAGGAGCCUGAGAAGCCAGAGAGCAAAGUUGCUGAGGAAGAGGAGCCAUCUCGCACUGAGGAAGACAGAGAGGAGGAGGAAAGGAAGAAGCAGGAGGAGCUUGAGCGCCAGCGGAGAGAGAGGCGCUACAUCCUCCCUGAUGAGCCUACCAUCCUCGUACACCCCAACUGGGCAGCCAAGAAUGGCAAAUUUGACUGCAGUGUCAUGUCCCUGAGUGUGUUGCUGGACUACAGACUGGAAGACAACAAGGAGCACUCUUUUGAGGUUUCCCUAUUCGCUGAGCUGUUUAAUGAGAUGCUACAGAGAGACUUUGGCUACCGCAUAUUUAAAGCCCUCGCUGCUUUUCCUACCAAAGAUGAGAAGAAGGAAAAGGAGAAGAAAGCCAAAAAGGAGGCUGAAAAGAAGGAGGCUGAAAAGCGUGAAAUAAAGAAGGAAAAAGAAGAGGAAAAUGAAGAGCCAGUUGUAAAGAAGACCAAAGAGGAUGAGGAGGAGAAGAAGAAGUGUGAUGAAAAGUCUGUGAAAAAGGAUUCCUCUCGAGAUGAAGAGGAGAAUGAAGAUGACGGCAGCACGGCCAAUGCUGAAGAAUAUGACCCCAUGGAGGCUGAAGAUGCAGAUGAUGAUGAUGAUGAUGACAAGGAUGAUGAUGACUCCAAUGACAGAGACAGGAAAGACCGCAAGGAUGAUCGCAAGUCGUCAAAAGAGAGGUCCUCUAAAGACAAGGAGAAGAGGCAGAUGGUCACACACAACAAGGAGCUGCUGAUGGCAUUUGUCUACUUUGACCAGAGCCACUGUGGCUAUUUGCUGGAGAGAGACCUGGAGGAGAUCUUGUACACACUGGGACUGCACCUUUCUCGUGCUCAGAUAAAGAAGCUGUUGAACAAACCGGUGGUAAGAGAGUCAUGUUACUACCGUAAACUGACAGACAGGGGAAAGGAUGAACCUGUUCCUUCCAUUAAUGAAGCCCAGAUAGAAAACCUCAUAGGUAACCGAGGACUACUUCCUGCUCCAAAAGCUCGUGCUCAGGCAGAGGCCAGUGAGUCUAGUAAUCUGAUUGUGUAUAAUGGAGCCAUGGUUGACAUCGGCAGCAUGAUGCAGAAACUGGAGAAGAGUGAGAAAGCAAGAGAGGAGAUGGAACAGAAGCUCAUGAUGCAGGAUUCCAAAAUAGAUGAAGAUGCGAAGGUUAAAGCGCAGUUGGAGCAAGCCAACAAAACCUUGUCCAAAGAGCUGGAGGAGGUGAAAAACACUCUGCGCCAAACUGAGCAGACUCUGAAGACUGUGGAGGAGCAGAAGACGAUCUACCAUGACCAGAUUAGCAAGACGUCCAACACCUUGAUGUCCACCUUCAAAGGGCUGCUGGCAGUGUUGAAUAAGGAUCAAGAAGUAGACGAGUCUGGUGACGAAGUCACGGGCGAUCGCAUUCGGACGUCUCAAACAAACGGAGCAGAUGAAUGAAUUUAAAAUAUAUGAAGCUAAUCUGUAACACUGAUUAUCUUAAAAAUUGUAAAUAUUCACUAAACAAGCAUAAUUUGGCUGUUUUUAUUUGGACCUAUUGUCUCCUAAGUACAUGUAUAAAUUAAUGAAUUAGUUCCCUUGUAGUCAUUUGGCUUCAGUUUCUGUGUACAAUAGAUUUAUUUCUGAGGACUUACUUUUCUUACCUAGAAUAAUUUUAACUAUGACAAAGCUUUGAAACGCUUAUUUUCAUAGUUUUUAAGUAAGUUAAGUUCGAUUGCUAACAUUUCUUUUCACCAUUGCUUUAGCUUUGUUAUGGCCAAUAAAAUGCCAUGUUGUAGAUUUAAAUGCCAGUAUGUGUGGGUUGUACUUUUCAGAGAUUUUUGUUUUUCUAAUGAGCAAUAAUGAUGCUAUUUAUGUGCGAGAGAAUUCAUAAAAACAAAAAAAACAACUAUAUUUAAAAGAAACUAAUUUUGGAUGGAAAGGGUAGGUUCCAUGUGGUUCAGACAGAAUUUCUUUGUAAAUCUUCCCCAUCUGCUGUUUAACCACAAUUGUGUUCAAUAAACACAUUGAGUGUGUAGUUCUUUUAUUUUGCUGAUUUAACUGGGUUCUGCUGUUUUUUUCAAACACAUGGCUAUGCAUGGUUCCUCCUCUUAGACCUUUUUGCUGUCGGCGCCUCCUGGCUGUAUCCACCGACUGCUGCACUGCCAGUUACAGAUUUUCAUGUUUAACUGUGAUGAGCAUCUGUCUUGUUUUAGGAAACUACACAUGAACCAAACGAUAAGCUCAAUGAAUGUGUGUUCUGCUGAAGGAAUUGCUGCAAAGACAUGAACAUUUAGAAAGCCAUCUCUGAACUGUGUGCGUUGGUUUGGGUUGUUCUAGAAAAGAGGCACACUUACAUUCAAAUGUGCUCCAAAGCAGGCAAUUUUAUUUUUCUAUUGAAAAUGUACUCUAUGGAUGUCUUGUGCAAGAGUAAAGUGGUCCAUUUUAACACUA